CGCCUUCACUGGGGUGACCAGGGACCCCACAUUCAGGGGCCUGGGGUGGCACUCACAACAAUACCAGGAAUUUUCAAUCACUUGUUGCUGCUGCAUCUCGAACUGCUGCUGCUCCUUCCUCUCAGCCUCCUGCAUCUGCAUCAAACUACGUGGCCUCCGGAAUCGUGUGAGCUGUCCAGGAAAUACGGGCAACGUUAGAGCCAACAGUGAAAAUAGGGAGACAUGAGUCGGACGUGACGUCACAAUGACAUGAUGAAGAGUCUGGUGGGGAUCAUGUGGAUAGUGUUGGUUCUCAUAUCAGGAUGUUCCGGAAAUCCGGACGCGAAACGCCUCUACGAUGACCUCCUGUCAAACUACAACAAGUUGGUGCGUCCAGUUGUCAAUGUCACGGAUGCUCUCCAGGUUAAAAUUAAGCUCAAGCUCUCCCAGCUGAUAGAUGUGAAUUUGAAGAACCAGAUAAUGACGACGAAUUUGUGGGUGGAACAGUCGUGGUUUGACUACAAGCUCAAGUGGGAUCCAGAGGAAUACGGCGGAGUCCAGAUACUGCACGUACCGUCCGAUCAUAUUUGGAGACCCGAUAUAGUUUUGUACAACAAUGCUGAUGGAAAUUUCGAAGUGACCCUGGCGACCAAAGCUACUCUCAACUACACGGGAAAAGUUGAUUGGAAGCCACCGGCUAUCUACAAGUCAUCGUGUGAAAUAGACGUCGAGUAUUUUCCAUUCGACGAGCAAACGUGUGUCAUGAAAUUCGGAUCUUGGACAUACGACGGUUUUCAAGUCGACCUCAGACACAUCGAUGAGGUGAAAGGGAGCAACGUAGUGGACGUCGGUGUCGAUCUCUCGGAAUUUUAUACAUCAGUCGAGUGGGACAUCCUCGAGGUACCAGCAGUCAGGAAUGAAAAGUAUUACACGUGCUGCGAUGAGCCUUACCUCGACAUAACAUUCAACAUCACUAUGAGAAGAAAAACCCUGUUCUACACGGUAAAUCUCAUAAUACCGUGCAUGGGGAUUUCAUUUUUAACUGUUCUCGUGUUCUACUUGCCGAGUGAUAGUGGUGAGAAGGUCAGUCUUUCGAUUUCCAUUCUUCUGUCACUGACUGUGUUCUUCCUCCUCCUAGCCGAGAUUAUUCCACCCACAUCACUGGUGGUUCCACUGCUGGGUAAAUUUGUGCUGUUCACUAUGAUCCUUGAUACAUUCAGUAUAUGUGUCACUGUAGUUGUCUUGAACGUCCAUUUUCGGUCGCCCCAGACUCACGUAAUGGCCCCAUGGGUUCGUCGUGUAUUUAUCCACGUAUUGCCAAGAUUACUAGUAAUGCGCAGGCCGCAGUACAACAUUGACAGACGAAGUUUGGAUGGGCAUCAUUCGAGUCAACGUGUCAUGGUGAGGACGUGCAAUGGACUGGAUGGGAGAGAUCCUUCGUUGUUUGUCGAGGCUUCUGCCUCGGAACUCGUCGAGUCCUCGGUGCUCUUUCCAAGUGUUGACUCCAGGGAUGAAUUGAAUUUACAUGAAUUGGAAGCUGUUAAUCUUGGUAGUGCCUGUCAAAUCCAUGGCUCACCAGGACCAGCACCAGCGCCACCACCUCAGCUGCCCACUGAGGACAGUGUUGAUGCACUUUGUAAGACACUCAAUAAUUGGCAUCACUGCCCAGAGCUGUACAAGGCAAUCGAAGCCAUCAGGUUCAUAGCCGAUCAUACGAAACGAGAGGAAGACUCCACUAGGGUAAAAGAAGAUUGGAAAUACGUUGCCAUGGUGCUGGAUCGCCUCUUCCUCUGGAUCUUCACACUGGCGGUUGUAGUAGGUACAGCUGGUAUCAUUCUUCAAGCUCCAACCCUCUACGACGAUCGUAUUCCAAUCGACGUGAGACUCUCGGAGAUUGCCUCAACCACUGCCAAACCGCACAUCGUUACGACCCUAUGAGUAACGCUCGGUAUUAUCGUAUGAGACUCGAAAAACAAGUUAAUUAAAUAAUAAAAAAAUAAUAAAUCCCAACAAUACCAAUCCCCUACCCCUUUGAAAUCCAUUGACAUACCGAGAAUACGAGAGACUGAUGUCUUUUUGAGUCUACGACGCUGUUGAGAGUCACUUAUUUAUUUUGCGUAAGUUGCAAUGCUGUUUAUCAUUUCAUCCCCAGGAAUAAGUUAUAAAAAUUCAUGAUAAAUUCAAGGAUUCAUGAAAAAAAAAGUGUAAUUAAUCGAGGAUAACUUGCAUGGAUUUUUUUUUUUCAACUGCAUGGUAAAUGUUUAAUGACCAGAAAAAACUUGGGAAAAGGAAAUUCAAAUUCAAAAUCACCUCAGAUUUGAAUUUUUUCUUCAAAAAAUAAAACGACUGGAGUUAAUAUCCGUUCACAACCGACUGAUGCCUCUGAAGCAAUUUUAAUUUAUGAAUGAAAAUCAGAAAGUGGAGAAAAAAUUAAUUUAACAAUCGCAAUUUGUCCCCAAAAGCCAGCAUAUGGAUUACCCCGGCGUACGUUCCCUCAGCAGGCGUCGGAUAAAUUGGGGGUGACGCCAUGACUCUUGCAUAAACAUGGAUUAAUACCGAGGAAACAUUGGAUCCUCAUAAAUAUUCACUUUCGCAAAUUUUUAGUCAACAUUGUCAAGGAAAUAUAUCCCGAGAGACGGAUAAUCACGAAUAUUCAUCCCUUGAAAUGUCGAUUAUUCUAUGGAUAUAAAUGAUCGCCUGUUGCAGACUCAUCAGGACUAUUUUUUCGUUUCUCCCCGAGGUGAUGGCAGUGAGUGUUUCCUGCAAUUGAUUAAUUAAUUGAAAAAAAAAAAAAACAAAAUGAUAGCUCUAUAGAAAAUUCUAUAGACUCCCAUAAACGCUCUAGAUUUGUGCUCAAAAAUCGUCAUCACCCCUAAAGAAUUAUUUCUGCUAUAGAUUUAUCUACAGAAACCAAAAAUCUACAGCCGUAUCAAUUCUAUAGAGCCGAUAACAUUUAAAUACAACACUGACCAAAAUCAUCUAUAGAUUUUUUAUCUAUAGAUUUUUAGGAGUAAUUUGUAAAAAAAAAAAACAGUUCUAUAGGUGAUUCUAUAGAAACCGCCGAAAUGUUAUGGAUUUGUCGAUGGAAAGUGAUCUAUAGAUGCUGAAGAUCUAUGGAGACAUUAAGAUUUGAAUAAAACACUGACCAAAUGAUCUAUAGAUUUUUCUGUGGCAUUUAUAACGCGCGUCGGCUAUAGGUUCCUAUAAAAAUCGAUAAUUCUAUAUUCUAGAGAAUCCUAUACAUGGCCUACAAUAUAUCUGAAUAUAUCUGAUUCCACAGAGAAUUCUCUAGAAUUUUUCGUGGAUGGAGAAUUGAAUAUUCAUAUUGAAUUCCAUAGAACUGCCACAACGGGAAUAAUAAAUUCUCCACCAGUCGAGCUCUCAUAUAAUUUUCAAAAAAUUCACGAGAUUCUCUGGACCAUCCUUAGCAUUUUAUUCUACAGAAAUUUCUAUAGAAUCUUAUACCAAUUUUUGAUAAUGAAUUUCAUUGCAGGAAAUGCUCCACUCAAAAAUCCAUCACCCAAAAAAAAAAAUGUUUUAAUGAAGUUUAAAUAAAACAAUUACAUCGAGCCUGUAAUAAAGGGGCCAUAUUUUCACAAAGAAAAGAGAAACAAAGAGAUUAAUAAAAAAAUGAACUAAUUAAAUAAUUAACGAAGGGCGAACGUCACAACAUGAAAUUCUAAAUGUCUGCAUCGAAUUAUUGAGGCAGAUGCAUAAAAUAUAUUGGGCUGGAUUGAUUGUUUCUCUAUUUUCACUGAAGCUGAUGAUAACGAGUUGAUAAUAUCGUGAAAAAGAAAAUAGUUUCUAUAGAAUAUACAAACAUUUCAUUAUUUUUCAAUUAAUUUCCACAAUAAAUCUGUUCAGAGGACUAUCGCCGAUUUAUUGAUCUGAAAAAAUAACCAGAAGACCUAAUUAAUUAUUGAAUUUGUUGUCAUCGCUCCAGACGAGGAACAAGUCAUCCAGAAAGAUGGAAAAAAGUUUUAUUGCUCAUAACGUAUAUGUUUGUAAUAAGAGAUAAUUAUCCACAGAUUAAUAAAUUUGUUCCAUUACCACCAUUAAUAACGUGGUUAUAAAUAUUAUAAAUAUAUAUUAUAUGAAUAGAUUCUAAUGAAGUGAGUAAACAGCAGAUUAUUACUGAUAAUAAUGUGCAAUUAAAUAAGUGUUUAAGUGAAAUUAUUGUUAUUUAAGUUUUUCCAUUGUUUCUACGGUCUUCCUCAAUGCAGAAAAAAAAAUGAAUUAAUCCUUUUGCGUUCGAUAAACGAAGGAGUUAAUUAUCUGAAACACUGAGACACCCGCUGAUCAGAUAUUUAUCUCAGAUUUAGAUCGAAAUGUGAGAAUGAUUUCAAUCAUUUGUCGCCUACGUAAUUUUGUACUAUUGAUUUUACAAUGACCGGUUGUAGUUCAUUAAUAUUGUAAGUCAUUAAUAAUGCAAGUGGUUGAUUAUUCGCGGGGUUAUUAAUUUUUUAAUCGAGUGGAGAACCGAUGAAUGAAUUAUUCCGAUGUUUGGAUUAUUCUGGAUUGAUUUUUUUUGGCCUCUGCACUCGAUUAGCGAUUGAUAUUUCAAGUGGAAAUUAAAUAGUGAUAUGACAUUUAGUUAUUACAGUGUAUGAGUGAUUGCGUAACGCAUGAGAUUAAUUAAGGGCAAUUCAAAUGUUUAAAGGAAGACAACAACCUAAGCACAGUGAUAGUUUAAAAACUCCAAGUGAAGAAAAUAAAUCGUAAGUGAAGAAAAAAAAAAACAAUUUAUGAUAAGACAUUAAUGGUAUUACGAGUAAGCAUUAUUACCUUCCACUAGACGGCAUUGAACUGCGAAUUUAUUUUAAUAGCCAUGGAAUAACGCUCUUGUUAUUUUUAACACGCGAAUUUAUAACGAAAAUCUCUCCAAAAUGGAGAAAAUAACGGAAUAAUCGAUGGAAUUAUUACCGAUUAUCGGGGGAUCGAUUGAAUUCUCACGGGGGAAAUAAAAAUUUGAAAUGAUUUCUAAUUAUCUCCCGGUGGAAAUCCAUCGAAAUCCGCCAUUUGUCCAGAGCUCGAAGCUAAAGUGAAGAGCGAAAUAAAAAAAAACUGCGUAAUUGUCACGCCAAUUAUGUGUAUCGAUUGUUUAAACAGGAAAAAAUUAAGAGCAACAAAAAAAAAAAAUACUCACGUGUCUAUUCUAUUUUCGCAUGCGUGUCCCCAACAUAUCCGAGUGAUUACACCCGAUAAAUGCAAUUAUUGGGAGGGAUAAUGGGCCUGAAGCAAUUGAAUAGAACAGGGAACUUGCGAAAUUGAAUUCUAAUUUUUUUUAAUUCCUCUUUUAUUUAUAUUUACAGCGAAUUCAGAGAAUCCGAGCUAGAGGAGCGAAAGCACUCGAUUAUAAAUCGAACCUCUACAUCAAUUGGUUCGUUACGACGUCCCAAGGUCGCAAUCUGAAUGACGAUUGGCCGAGGGGCGGAGUCGUAGCCUCUAAUUGGUUGAUAGCGAUAGAUUAGACUGGAUUCGCUCAAAUUACGAUUGAAAUCAUUGGUUGAAUUUUCUCCUCGAGUUUUCUGGCGACAUUCGCCAUUUUUUAAUGUGAAUUAUUACUUUGUUGUUAUUUUUUUGAUAUUAUUUAUCAAGUUCCCUGUUUUGGAGAGAAUUGGAGGGAAUAAACGAAUGAAAAGUCGCUUGCAGCUUCUUGUCGUUAGGAAAAAUCGAGAGAAAGCGAAUAGUUGUGUUGCUCAAGAGUAAUUUUUUAAUUAAAAAAUUAAUCAAUUGAUUAAGAAUAAAUGGUAUUUUGGAGGAUGAGAAAAUCGUAAUACCACUCGCCAUAAAUUACUGUUCUCCGUAUUUACUGCCAUAGGUGAAUGUACAUACACUUGAGUGAAUUUUUUUUUUUCCUCGUGGUUAGGAAAAAUGUGGGUUUGAAGCACCCGGAGAAAAUAUAUUUUUUUCUCAUUUAAUACUGCCUCAAUUUUCGUAAUUAAACAUUACGAG